AUGGAUCCAUCAAAAUUAUUAGCUCUGCUAAAACAGCAAAGAGCAAUAUAUGACGAUGUUAAGAAUAUCGAGAAGAAUAGCAGCAAACGUGAGUUGCGUGCGAAUACAAUAAAAGAACGUUUAGAUAAACUACAAGGAUUAUGGAAUCAAUUUAAAGAUAAUCACGAGAAAAUACUCUUAACGGAGAAUAAGGAAGACAAAUAUUUUAAAGAGGACUUUUACACUACAGUGCAUCAAAAAGUGAUUCAGGUGAAAACAAUGCUCGAAGAAAUAGUUGAAAGCAAAGAUAGAAAUGCAGAAUCUGUUGAAAGCAAAAGUGUAGACGAGAAAAUAACGGAAAGUCAAAUUGAGAAAAAUAAAAUCAACAAUCUAGUAGAGCAAUAUAACAAUAACAUCGCAAGGUUAAGACAGAUGUUAGAAAAUCUUGACCAUUAUGAUACUGUCACGCGAUUGGAACAACUUAAUGGAAUCUGGAAAAGAAAGUUCGAAGACAUUAGAAGUAUCUAUAAGAAGCUGGUUAUUGAAAUGUCGUACAAUGAAGUAAACAUUAUGAAUGAUUAUGAUGAGAUUGAAGACCAAUACGAUAAGGCGUUAGAUGAAUUAGCCAAUAAAAUGGAAAAAUUACGUGAGGGGAACAACGUUAAGUUUGACUGCAUUAGAAUCCCAAAUUUCAACGGUAAUAUUGAAGAAUGGUCGUCUUUUCAUGAUCUAUAUAAAAGGCUUAUCCAUGAGGAUGGAAAAAUUUCGAAUGUUGAGAAACUGUAUCGACUCAAAACAGUAAAAAGAGAAGCAAGCAAGCUGAUACAACAUCUACCGGUGUCGGAAUUGAAUUAUGCUGUAGCUUGGGAGAUUUUGUCGCAAAGGUACGAAAAUGAAAGAAUGUUGUUUACAAUAUUGGUCGAUAAAUUGCUCGAUCAACCAUCUGUAUAUAAUGAUUCAGCGUCAAGUUUGAAAAAGUUGCUUGACACAUUGAUAGAAUGUAUCCAGGGGCUGAAGGCAAUGGGUAUAAAAACGAAUGAAGCAGAUCCAAUAAUAGCAAGGAUUAUAAUCAGGAAGUUGGAUAAGGAAGGAUUACGGCUAUAUGAGCAAAAUAUAAAAAGGACAAAGGAAAUUCAAAAAAUGGACGAUGUAUUACAGUUUCUGGAGCAGCAAUACCAAGCAGCAGAGGCGAUUAAAUCUGAGAAACAAACUAAUAAUGUAAAGUCUUUUCAAAAAACAACAGCGACAACUAUAGUAGCAAAUGAUUACCAGUGCUUUUACUGCAACAAAAAAGGACAUAUGGCAAUAAAGUGUUAUGAGUUUCUAAAGCUACUAGUCAAGGACAAAAUUACAUGGGUAAAAGACGCUAAAAUUUGUCGCGUCUGUUUAUCGCAUAAAACUACAAAAAGAUGCAAUAGUAAGACAAAAUGUCAAGAUUGUGGAAAGUGGCAUAAUACUCUUUUGCACAUUAAUUCAGGGCAAAAUAAUAACACAUCAACAUUAACAAUGGAUACGGGCAUAGCAGAAAAUGUGUUACUUGCAACGGCGCAAGUGCGCGUAAAAAGUGUUCAAGGUGAGAUGAUUAUGUUAAGGGCACUAAUUGACCAAGGGUCGCAAACUACAGCUGUAUCAGAAGAAGCGGCACAAAUAUUAAAUUUGCCAAGGAAAAAAAGAAAAAUGGAGAUGCAAGGGCUUGGAGGAACACCGGUUGGCGUUGCAAAGGCAAAAAUAAAUCUUCAAAUUCACCCACGAUUCACCAGUAAAUAUAAAAUAAAUGCAGAAGCAUUAAUUUUACCAUCAUUGGUAUCUUGUCAACCGGAUAAAACCUUUAGCUAUAAUAUAGAUAAGUGGGAAAAUAUGACCUUGGCGGACCCAAAUUUUAAUAAAUCCGAUAGAAUUGACAUAAUCAUAGGAAGCGAUCUGUACGGAGAAAUUCUUGAAGGCGGUCUACUUAAAAAAGAUAAAAUAUUGGCGCAAUCAACAAAGUUCGGCUGGAUAUUAUCAGAAAAGUUUUGGGAAAUAGAAGAAAUUCCAGAGGAUGAAGAUUCAUCGGAAGACGGAUAUUGUAUGAAAAAUUAUGCUGCGACAACUACCAAAAAUGAAGAUGGACGAUUUGUAGUUGAGUUACCUUUCAAAGAAGAACACCAACUUGGCGACUCAUACAAAAUGGCGAUGGCACGAUUCAUAAAUUUGGAAAGAAAAUUACAGGCAAACCCAUCAUUAAAGAGAGAAUAUGUCGAAUUCAUGAAAGAGUAUCUAGCUGAUGGGCAUAUGAAAAAAGUAAGUUCAAAAAGACAGGGAAAAUAUUAUCUACCUCACCAAGCAGUAGUAAGAGCGAAUAGUAUCACUACUAAGGUGAGAGUAGUUUUUGAUGCUUCGACAAAGACCACUAAUAAAAAUAGUUUAAAUGAUGUGUUAUAUGUUGGCCCAAGGUUGCAAAGGGAUAUCUUUGAUAUAUUGUUGAAGUUUCGACUGAAAAAAUUUGACAUAGUUGCUGACAUAGAAAAAAUGUAUAGACAAAUAUGGGUGAGUAAAAAUAAUCAGAAAUACCAACAUAUUUUGUGGAGAAGCGAGAUUAAUCAGCCAAUUGAAGAAUACAAGUUAACAACUGUAACUUACGGUAUUGCCCCUGCUUCAUUUUUAGCUAUAAGAACUUUAUUUGAAAUAGUAAAUGAAUGUCAGGAUAAUCAGAUAUCGAAAAUAAUUAAAGACGAUUUUUAUAUGGACGAUCUUCUAACUGGCGGUGAUACAAAAGAAGAGUGCAAAAGUGUUCGGCUAAGGAUAUCGGCACAUUUGGAGAAGUAUGGAUUUCAUUUGAGAAAAUGGUGCUCAAACAGCAUGGAUAUAAUAGAAACGGUGGAGAAAUCAAAAGACAAUGAGGUCAUUGAUAUAGAUAAAGAAGAAAGUAUAAAAACGCUUGGCUUGCAAUGGAAUCCUAACAAUGAUAUUCAUGUUUAA